AGUACAGCUUCAUCACACGAGACAAUGUGUUUGACGUGCGUCUGCUGAAGAACACGUCAGGUCUGGCCUUCAGUUUCAGUCGGGAGGAGAGCAUCCCGGAGGAGUCCCCCGGGUCCAGCAUGGUGCGGGUCAAAAAGCUGUUUCCUGGCCAGCCGGCUGCGGAGAGCGGGCGCAUCAACGUGGCGGCGUCAUCAUGCGGGUCAAUCGGACCCCCCUCAAAGGACUCUCGCAACAUGAGGUGAUAUCCGCCCUGAGAGGAACAGGACAGGAGGUGACUCUGCUCCUCUGUAGACCCGAGUACGGGGUUCUCCCUGAAAUGGACACUUCAGCUUUGACGCCCAUGCCGUCCCCACGAAAGCAGCCGGUGACCCAGGUGGAGUCCAGCCUGAGCUUCGGCAGGGCAAAGUCUCCUCCGGAGUCGCAGGGCAGCAAGAGUCAGGUCCUCAUGGAGGACGCCCUGGAGAGGAUGCUGCUCAAAUCCCCCGGCCGACACAACAGCUACAGAGACAGCACCGACGAGGAGGUGGAGGAAGCCUUCAGCGCCAGCCCGGUGGAGCACAGCAGGCACACCUGGGAGCAGAGUGUCUACCACACCCCCGGCAGCAACCUGGGGCUGGGUCGCUACGACAGCACCGGUCAACUGGACGACACCGUCAACUCGGCCUUCUACUCCCCAAACCUGUCGCUGACCAGUUCGGACCACAGCAAGAGGUUUGCUCCAUCCCCCGUGGCAGCUGAUCUGGAGUCAUCCAUCCUGCAUAUGGUGUCCUCCCCCACCGCCCAAGCCCGGAUC